UUUUUUCUUAAGAGAGAGAGAGAGUCAAACGAUUUAUAAUGAAAAUGAAAAUGAAAAAUUAUAUUCGGCGAUGAUGUUUGACGCUGAUUACUUGUCUGAGGAAAAGAAAGAGUGUCCCCCGAAAGAAAGCCAACACAGAUGACAGAUUGAAGAAAGAACGCGGAAUUUGACGUCUGUAUCCGCAAAUCUCCCUUCGAAAUAGCCCUUAUUCUUCUCCAUUCCCAUUACCCACAUCCUUCUUUUCUUCUUCCCAUUUCCAUUUCCCUCCGAAAACUUCUGUUUCCUCUUUCUCUCUCUCUCUCAACAAUCGCCAUUUCCCCCACUUCCCAUAAUUCCAUCAAUGGCGUCCCAAUCCCCCUUUUCAUCUCCCCAGAUCUGACCCAUUUCUGAUUCCUGCGUCUUUUUCCAUUCAUGGGCUUCCUCUUGUUUUAGCUCUACCCAGAUCUCCUGCUCCAACCAGAGUUAACUCCAAAUGGAAUUGUCUUCCUCUGUUGAUUCCCUCGAUAUCCACCUGGAUCCUCUUCCCACGGACAAAGAAUGCCAGGAUUUUCCUUUCCUUACUGUACCCUCAAAACCCUCUGAUUUUGGGAUCCAACCCGAUAAUCAGUUCCACUCGAUGAGCGCAUUGGAGAUCUUGAGAGAAACCGUUCGGAUUCUUCGUUACAAUUCUACUGCGUUUGUGCUUAUUGCUACUUUGCUCAUUUGCCCUGUUUCCGCUGUGUUUCUAUCCAAUGUGUUAGUUGAUGAGUCGAUUGUUAAAAUGCUGACUAUUCGAUUGAUAUUAGUUGCCAAGUCCAGUGGGCUUCCAUUGAUACCUAUCAUUGAACAUUCAUGCCAGAGAUUUGCAGAGUCGAUUCUUUCCUCAGCUAUGUGUUUUCCUUUGUUUCUUACUCUUUCCUUGGUAUCAAAAGCGGCCGUCGUUCAUACAGUGGAUUGUACAUAUGCGAAAAGAAGGUUUGAAUUAGGCCAGUUUCUUGCUAUAGUUCGUAAUAUAUGGAAUCGUCUUCUCUCCACGUACGCUUCAGUGUGUCUUGCAAUUGUUGGUUGUCUUACCAUGUUCUUGGUUCUGCUUGGUGCUGUUUGCAGUACUUUUUACGUAUUGGGGUCUUCUCCUGAUCUAAUUGUAUCUGCUGCUUUGAUUGUGGGACUUGUCUUCUCUGUUAUUUUUGCUAAUGCUGUCAUCAUCUGCAACAUAGCCAUUGUUAUCUGUGUGUUGGAAGAUGUAGCAGGACCUGGGGCAUUGCUUCGAUCUUGUGUUCUUAUUAGGGAUCAGACUCAAGUGGGUCUUUUGAUAUUUCUGGGAUCUACAAUUGGGACAGUGUUUGUGGAGGGAUUGUUUGAGCAUAGGGUUAAGACAUUAAGCUAUGGAGAUGGGUCUUCCAGGAUUUGGGAAGGCCCUCUUUUGGUGGUUAUGUAUUCAUUUGUUGUCCUUACUGAUUCUAUGAUGAGUGCAGUUUUUUACUUCAGCUGCAGAUCUUCAAGUAUGGUGAUCUCAAAUGGUGAAAAUGAUUCAAUUUUGGAUAUUGAAGUCUCUGAUGGAUCAACUGGUAUUCUUUGAUUUGAUAGUUUCAUAGAUUGAUUAGACACACAGAUCUCUUUCUAGAUGAUACCAAAAUAGAUUUGUUGCCUUGAUUUCUCUUCUGUCAAGUCACAACGAUCUGAUAUAUUGUGAAAGAUUAGAUGUUGUAACGGUAGAGUUCCGAUCUAUUCAUACAUUGUAGAUAGAUACUUCAUACAACUGGAUAUAAUUGCUUCGUUGAUGAGCAUUAGAUGUGAAGAAAGCAGAAUGUCUACACAAGUUUGGAGCAUCAAAAAUAAGAUCACUUUCACGUUAGUUAGAUCACAGAAAGGCUUGGAAAAGUUUGGUUGAUUAGUUUUCUAAUGCAAGAGCCAUAUUCCGUUACUAUUUGUGGAAUGUAAACAAUCAUUUGGCAGUCAGAAUGUUGAGUUUUGUUCUGAAAAAUGAAUAUGAGAAAAUGAUGUUGUGUAAUAGAAAGUUGAAGAGAAGUGGUGACCAAAUUUCCUUGCUUAAACACUGGAUUCAAGUUGGAAGGCUGCAAAUGAGUGUAAAGAUAAGAUAUUCAUUUGGAAGAAUGCAUGAAGUUCCCAAUGGAGAUGUGGGUUUUUAGUGAAUUAUGAUGAUUUCUAAAGGAUAUUGUUCAUUUUGGACAGCAUUUCUUCAUCAGUUUUGCUCAGUUGAUACUGUUCGAAAUCUUGAGCGGCAUCUAGAAUAAGUUCUUGAUCGAUUUCUCCAGCACCUGAAACUCGAGGUCCAGCUUCCAACUUUUCUUCUCUUAAAUUGCCUUGCUUUCUUCAGUUGGAUUGCUGCACUGGCUCUUCUUACCCUUGUUUUGCUUUGGCCAAUUCUCAAAUAAUGAAUGAUGUGAUGUGAGGUUUGAUUCAAUGACAAUAAUACUUGGAAACCUUAUGGAUAUC